CUGGGAAACUCUUGACCUCGAGUGCUGGAUGCUGGAACUUGUAGCUAGAUCUCAUCGCUUUCUGGUGUCGCGCCUUUCAACUCAGGGUAGUUUUCUAUUGCUCCACAGAGCUGUGGUCAGCCACUUAGCUGCUGAUACCGGGGCUGAGAGGAUUUCUGCGGCGGCGCGAUUCUCUGACGUUUCCCCUUAUAAUUGGCCGGGAGCUGCGGCUGCAAUUCUGAAGCCUAAGUGGCCGCCCGCGCCGCCUCGGAGGUGAAGUGUACUGCGCUGAUUGGCUGAGAGGCGCCGGCCGCGUGUGAUGUCCAGAGCAGCGAUUGGCUCUGACCCGCCGGGGGCUUCUCUCGCCGGGACUCAGGACUCCCGGGAAGUGGACUGGUAGAGGAGGGGGCCAGGUAGCUGUCGGUCUCGACCGAGUCGGAGACCCCGGCGUGAGGCGGCUUCUCAGGACCGGGUGGGCUGGCGAGCCGACGCGGCGGCGGCGGAGGCUGUGAGGAGUGCCGGGGGGCAGGGGCUCGCUCAGAAAGACCAUGGCCCCGCAGAACCUGGGCACCUUCUGCCUGUUGCUGCUGUACCUCAUCGGGGCCGUGAUCGCCGGGCGAGAUUUCUAUAAGAUCUUGGGGGUGCCUCGCAGCGCCUCUAUAAAGGAUAUUAAAAAGGCCUACAGGAAACUGGCCCUGCAGCUUCAUCCCGACCGGAAUCCUGACGAUCCUCGAGCGCAGGAGAAAUUCCAGGAUCUAGGUGCUGCUUAUGAGGUUCUGUCAGAUAGUGAGAAACGGAAACAAUAUGAUACUUACGGUGAAGAGGGAUUAAAAGAUGGACAUCAGAGCUCCCAUGGAGACAUUUUUUCACACUUCUUUGGUGAUUUUGGUUUCAUGUUUGGAGGAACCCCUCGUCAGCAAGACAGAAAUAUUCCAAGGGGAAGUGAUAUUAUUGUAGAUCUGGAAGUCACUUUGGAAGAAGUGUAUGCAGGAAAUUUUGUAGAAGUGGUCAGAAACAAACCUGUGGCAAGGCAGGCGCCCGGCAAACGGAAGUGCAACUGCCGCCAGGAGAUGCGAACCACCCAGCUGGGCCCUGGGCGCUUCCAGAUGACCCAGGAGGUGGUCUGUGAUGAGUGCCCCAAUGUCAAACUAGUGAAUGAAGAACGAACUCUGGAGGUAGAAAUUGAACCUGGGGUGAGAGAUGGCAUGGAGUACCCCUUUAUUGGAGAAGGUGAGCCUCAUGUGGAUGGAGAGCCAGGAGACUUGCGGUUCCGAAUCAAAGUUGUCAAGCACCCAAUAUUUGAGAGGCGAGGCGAUGACUUAUACACAAACGUGACCAUCUCCCUCGUGGAGUCACUGGUGGGCUUCGACAUGGAUAUCACGCACUUGGAUGGUCACAAGGUACAUAUUUCCCGGGACAAGAUCACCAGACCGGGAGCCAAGCUGUGGAAAAAAGGGGAAGGGCUCCCCAACUUUGACAACAACAACAUCAAGGGCUCUUUGAUAAUCACUUUCGAUGUGGAUUUUCCAAAGGAACAGUUAACAGAGGAAGCAAGAGAAGGUAUCAAACAGCUACUGAAACAAGGGUCAGUGCAGAAAGUAUACAAUGGACUGCAAGGAUAUUAAGAGUGAAUAAAAUUGGACUUUGUUUCAAAUAAGUGCAUCGGCGAUAUUUAUUAUCUGCAGGGGUUUUUUGUGUGUGGUUUUUGUUUUUAUUCUCAAUAUACAAGUUUGGCUUAAAUUUUUUUUUUCUUCUAAUGAUCAUCAUGAAAUGAAUAAGAGGGCUUAAGAAUUUGUCCAUUUGUGUUGAGAAACGAAUGACCAGCAAAAGGUUUAAUAAUACCUCUCCCUUUGGGGAUUUAUGUCUGGUGCUGCCGCCUGAGUUUCAAGAAUUAAAGCUGCAAGAGGACUCCAGAUGCAAAAGACACAAUACAAAGGGUUGGAGUUAAUUGUUAGCUAUUUCAUUCGAAAUGCCAACUGGAGAAGUCUGUUUUUAAAUACAUUUUGUUGUUACUUUUU